UCCAGCCCGGUCUGACCUUGCUGUCCAUGGCCCGUCCCUGGGCCUCCAGGAAGGGUGCCGAGCUGAGAUCUACCCGGAACCCGGCUGUGCCUUGCAGAAACUCGUGCCAUUACCGCAUGGGGCCUAGGGAUUUGGAUCCAGAAAUCUUCCCGGCAUCCUCUGGGCUCUGGCAGAGUCUGUCCUGUCUCUUGGGGUUAGCACUCUAUGUAUAUGAAUAUCUGCUCCAUGUAGGAGCUCAGAAAUCGGCCCAAACAUUUUUAUCAGAGAUAAGAUGGGAAAAAAACAUCACAUUGGGGGAACCUCCGGGAUUCUUACAUUCUUGGUGGUGUGUGUUCUGGGAUCUCUACUGUGCAGCUCCAGAGAGACGGGAGACCUGUGAGCAUUCGAGCGAAGCCAAGGCCUUCCACGACUAUAGUGCGGCGGCAGCUCCCAGCCCCGUGCUGGGAAACAUCCCCCCUGGAGACGGCAUGCCCGUGGGUCCCGUGCCGCCAGGCUUCUUCCAGCCUUUUAUGUCACCUCGGUACCCUGGCGGUCCCCGGCCCCCUCUGAGGAUACCUAAUCAGGCACUUGGAGGUGUACCAGGAAGCCAGCCAUUACUCCCCAGCGGCAUGGACCCCACACGACAACAAGGACAUCCGAACAUGGCCGGGCCUAUGCAGAGAAUGACUCCCCCCCGAGGAAUGGUGCCCUUGGGGCCGCAGUCUGACCCUUGGUUAUCAUUACAGAACUAUGGAGGUGCAAUGAGACCCCCACUGAAUGCUUUAGGUGGCCCCGGGAUGCCCGGCAUGAACAUGGGUCCAGGUGGUGGCAGACCUUGGCCAAACCCAACAAAUGCCAAUUCAAUACCGUACUCCUCCGCCUCGCCUGGGAAUUAUGUAGGUCCCCCCGGAGGUGGAGGGCCACCAGGAACCCCCAUCAUGCCCAGCCCAGCAGAUUCAACCAACUCUGGAGACAACAUGUAUACUUUAAUGAAUGCAGUGCCUCCCGGACCUAACAGACCUAAUUUUCCAAUGGGCCCUGGGUCGGAUGGUCCCAUGGGUGGAUUAGCAGGAAUGGAGUCACAUCACAUGAACGGCUCUCUAGGCUCAGGAGAUAUGGACAGUAUUUCCAAGAAUUCGCCCAAUAACAUGAGCCUGAGCAACCAGCCAGGCACUCCGAGGGAUGACGGCGAGAUGGGGGGCAAUUUCCUCAACCCUUUCCAGAGCGAGAGUUACUCCCCAAGCAUGACAAUGAGUGUGUGACGCGUCCCGCUCCCGCCUGGACCCAGAAGCCACCCUCCGCGUCCUCUGGAAGAACCUUCCCGUCACCGUGUACAGUGAACAGAUCCAGUCGCACCACGCCCAGCCGUUUAUCUCCUGCUCUCUCCCCUUUUUUGUGAAGAAAGCGGGUCCAAACGCGAUUCGAACAACUGUACGGAGCGGCACGGUAGAAUUUCCCGAGACCGAACUGCGAAUCACUCUGUGUAUGUGUCUGUGUGGGCAGAGGCUGUAUGGUAUGCGGUGUCGCGCGGAUACGCGUGGACAGGGCCGCCACGGGACACUGUACAGUAUGACAUGCCAUCUUACGUAGAAAUGAGUAGGGACUUUUAUUCCAUUCUUUUUUUCACGUUUACAUUUUAAUUAUUAAAAGUUGCUCCUGCCCCCUCCUUGAACUAUUUUGUGCUGUGUAUAUCACUGCUUUAUAUAAGUUAUUUUUUAAGGUGAACUCAGAUGUUAUGGUUUUGUAAAUGUCUGCAAUCAUGGAUAGGAAUAAAAUCGCUUAUUUGAGAGCUUUCAUUCAAUUGUGUCUGGUGCGAGUUACGCUGUGAACCCGUACGUGUGCUCUCUCAACACGGGAGGAAAUGUCUCCGCUCGUGUGGCCGCCGACCGGCUGGCAGUCACCUCAGGGAAAGGUAUUUUCGUUUCGUACUUUCUCUCUGAGGAAAGAGCACACUUCACCGAAGCGUCACUAGGGCCGCACACAACACAUCCUGCGAUAACUGCUUUGGUGGAGUUCUCGAUUGUGUGUCUUAGAUGGUGUGGAAAUCAUCAGUUAGCUCCAGUGACCCAGACUACAGCUAUAAAGUGACAGCUGUCAUAUUUUUAACAACGUGUUUUCUCUCUAACACGAUAAAGCCCCGAAGUGAUACCAAAACCACGGGCUUGAAUCUGUGGCUCUUUUCCAGGCCUACUUGAGGUCGAUGCUUAAUGACUUUUCGCCGUUAUGAAACAGUAUCUGACUUUGAUUCAGGCUUCCCCGGGAACGCAGCUGCAGGAGCAGACACCUCAGAGGAUGGCGGCUGUCAGCACAAGUGGACAAGAGUUGGGGACCUCCGAGGGCUGCUAGAACGCUGCUGCCUCUACCCCAGGACUCCGCUAGCAGGAGAGGCCCUGUCCCUUUCGUGUCCCUCCUCCAGCCAGCAAGCACCCACUUGUACCCUAAAGCUGACACCAGUAGUAACUUAGCUGGCUCCAGCCAUUGAGUUCAGUGACAUUGUGUGACUGACAGUUCAGAAAGUGAAGAGAUGCUAAAAAACAAAAUAAAUAAUAAAGUUAAGCCCUCAACAAAGCACCUUGCUCUGUACUUUCCAGAUCUCUGGACUGUUAGAUGUACAAACACCUACGUGACAGUGGAGGACGCGAGUCCCUAAUCGGAAACGCUGAGCGGAACGUGGUGAGCCUCUGUGUUCCAGUCGUGACACAGAACACCAGCUCUGUAGCUAACUCCAGAGACGGCAGAGCUUGCUUCAGCUCACAGGGAGGCAUCUCUCUCCUCGGGGCUCCCAGCCUCCUAGGUAGAAAUUCAGCAAUCUGUUUGCCAGGUUAUUCCCACGUGGCGCUUCUCUCUUGAACCCAUCUUAACUUGUUCCCCCUUAAAAAUAAGGGUUUCACCCAAACAUGACAGGGAUGCCAGACGGAGCUGUUGAGGGGAACAAAGAAUCCGGGUCAAGGUUUAUGCUGCAGGUUAAAACUGUGAGGAGGUGGGUCCCAGCUGGGUGCCAGGCGCCAGAGGCCUGUCACAGACACCUCAGACUACAAGGUGCCCCCUCCCGCUGACUGCGGGUGAUGCUUUCAGACACCUGACCUGCCGAGACCGGCUGUGACAGCUGUAUAAGACAGACGGGGACCUUACACUAUGAGACUGUUUAGACGUUUUGUUGACUCUUCUCCAUUGUUACUGAUCUUGAGUUUCUGUCAUUUGCCUUCUGAGGAGAUGCUGUUUACCAUCGCAGAGAGACUUGGACUUGAUUUUACUUGCUCUUAUUUUGGGGGUAAACCUCAAACAUGGAUGAUAUCAUGGGUCCCCUUAUUUCUAACCUGUUUGGCCAAAAAGGUAAAAUUUGUUUGUUUUGAAGAUGUAGCGAUCAGUUCAUCAUAAAUAUUUAUUUCUUU